AUGUCUGGGAAUUCUUCACAUUCACAUUCUACUCGUUCGCGUCGUCACUUUCGUUCCACCACUUCUGAAAGUCCCCCGAGUUCAUAUCAAACAGUUUCUGAAGCUUCUAACGAUUCGACGAGAACUUCACGACAUACGACUGCAAGAAAUACAUCUGGAAGUAAUUCACACCAAGCUGCCCAACAACUGUCGUCACCACAAGACCAAGAGAUCGUAGAAGGAAGAAACAUCCAAAAUACAGAGCAAGAAACAGUCCAUUUCGAUCAGAAUGAGCGUCAUUCACCAACACGAUCACAACUAACUGAAUCAAGUGCACUUCAUUAUGGUUCUGACCUGGACACAUCAAGUCAGGUGGGUAGUACGAUGUCAUGGCAGCGAACAGUGCGACAUAUGCGACCCGAUAUUAAUUGUGCUCCAUCUCAGCAUCGUACUGUUUGCAUCGAUAGUAUGGAGGACGAUCUCUCAAAUGAUUUGGAACUUGGCCCAAAGCUCUACAUUUGGGGAACGCGUAUCUGUGUUUUUGAUGUACAGCGCGCAUUUCGCACUUUCGUCAAUGAAUUUAGACCGACAAAUGUUUCAGAUGAUGAAAAUAUAAUGACGCUUCCAUCGAAUGUGCGAAUGGAAAUCGAUUUGGAACGUCCAUACUAUUUGGAACGCUUGUAUGAAAUUGAUCAGAGUGAGAAUAUAGCUUUCAAUUUGAAUUUGCAACAUGCUAGACUAUUCAAUGAAGCACUUUAUCGAAAAAUUGUGUGUUACCCAUCAGACAUUAUACCGUAUCUUGAUCUAACGAUAAACGAAAUAUUUUCCGAGAAAUAUCAAAAGGUAUUAUAUGCUCCUAUUGAAGUUCGGCCAUUUAAUGCACAGAAAACACGUAACAUGCGUGCACUCAAUCCACAGGAUAUCGAUCAGUUAAUCACCAUUAGUGGUAUGGUUAUACGAACCUCACCACUGAUCCCUGAGAUGAGACAAGCAUAUUUCCAGUGCACUGUUUGCAACUUUCCGAUUGAUGUUGAAGUAGAUCGUGGUCGAAUUGAAGAACCAGCUGUAUGUCACAACUGUCAGUCGAAAUAUUCCUUCCAGCUUGUCCACAAUCGUUCACUUUUUAUGGAUAAACAAGUAAUUAAACUGCAAGAGUCUCCAGAUGAUAUGCCUGCCGGUCAAACGCCACAUACUGUAACGUUGCUUGCACACGGUGAUAUGGUGGAACGUGUUCAACCUGGUGAUCGUGUAACUGUAACAGGAAUUUACCGUGCCGUACCAGCACGUAUAAAUCCGCGCAUACGAAACGUUAAUUCCGUUUAUCGUACCAGCAUCGAUGUAUUACACUUUCGAAAGACUGAUCAGAAUCGCCUGCAUCAAAUCGAUGACGGAUCUCAUUUAACAGAUGAAAGAGUUUCCAUGAUUCUGAAUUUGGCGAAACGAGCCGAUAUUGUUAAUCGAUUGACAAAUGUUGUAGCUCCUUCAAUCUACGGUCAUGAUGAUAUUAAACGAGGUAUUCUCUGUUUGUUGUUCGGUGGCACCAACAAGGAGGAUAGAACAGGUAACAAAAUUAAGCUACGAAGCGAUAUAAACAUAUUGCUAUGCGGAGAUCCUGGUACCAGUAAAAGUCAACUUUUACAAUAUGUGUAUCGACUUGUACCGCGUGCACAAUACACAUCAGGAAAGGGAUCUUCUGCAGUGGGGUUGACGGCAUCUGUUACCCGUGAUCCCGAUACACGUCAUCUCGUGUUACAAACUGGUGCACUUGUUCUGGCAGACAACGGGGUAUGUUGUAUAGACGAAUUUGAUAAAAUGAAUGAUAGCACGCGUUCAGUUUUGCAUGAAGUAAUGGAACAGCAAACGCUUUCAAUAGCAAAAGCUGGUAUCAUUUGUCAGUUAAAUGCACGAACCUCAAUUUUGGCUGCAGCAAAUCCCAUAGACUCACAAUGGAACCGGAAUAAGACCAUCGUUGAUAAUAUUCAGCUGCCUCAUACUUUGCUCUCCAGAUUCGAUUUGAUUUUUCUUUUGGUUGAUUCCCAAAAUGAGUUGUAUGAUCGACGUCUGGCUAAUCAUUUAGUUUCAUUGUACUACCGAGAAACCAACGAUGAUGAUUGUGAGCUGCUGGAUUUAGCUCUUCUGCGUGAUUACAUCGGAUAUGCUCGAUCUUAUGUUAAUCCACUAUUGGAUGAAGCAUCUUCUCGAUGCCUUAUUGAUAAAUAUCUCCAAAUGCGGAAAGCUGGAUCUGGUUUCGGACAAGUUUCCGCUUAUCCACGACAGCUGGAGUCACUAAUCCGUUUGGCAGAAGCCCAUGCAAAGAUAAGAUUGAGUAGUAUGGUGUCAGUACAAGAUGUUGAAGAUGCAUACAGUUUACAUCGCGAAGCCCUCAAGCAGUCAGCAGUGGAUCCAUCUACCGGUCGGGUUGACAUCAACAUUUUAGCUGCUGGAAUUACCACAACAACUAAGCAAAUCAUCGAUCAGCUGGCUGAAGCAAUUCGUAGCGAACUUUUACAGCGACGUGGAAUUUUGGUUUCGCUAAAACAAUUAAUGCAACGGUUGCGUCAGAACGACCUGUCUUUCACAAGAGAAAUAUUCGAUGAGGCGAUCAACAACUUGGUGAAAAACGAACUGUUGGUUCGAACUGGUGACAAAAUACGAUAUGUUGCAGCGACCUGA